CCGUCUUAAGGAAAAGCACGAGUCGUGUGGGUUUGAUUUGAGUUCAAGAUGCCGUACCUGCCGGCUGACAAAAUGAGGACUUCGAGGAAAAUAGAAGUCGCGGUUACGGAAACGAGUGCACCUAUCUCUUUGUACACGUUGAUAUGUAAUAAUGCUCAUUCGUUCUAACCAAUCUUCACCGACUUGUCGCGCACAGAGCAGUUGAACAAGACCCUUUCAGAAAAAAAGUGUCAUCGUCAUGCGAAUAGAAGAGGGCCAUUGGCGCAUCCUCCAUGAGUGGACUUGUGGUAAGCGAGGACAUGAAGUUGGAGGUGGACGAUUGUUGGCCGAAAAUGUCCGCAGCGAUGGGGACAUGCAGUCCACGAACGAACUGCCAGCUGGGGUGAUCGACAUGUUUCUAAUCAAUCUCAGACAGGGCCAGCUGAGCGCCCACCUUCGAUGGCUUAAGAUUACGCGCUCCAAGCGUGAUGUACGGAUCGACUUGCGUAAACCUCGCGCACUUUUGACUUUUGAGAGUACCAUUCAGUAUCCCUUGUUCAUUCGCAAGAAGAAGCAUCGAGGUGAAGAUGUGCGCAGGGCUUUGACAAAUAAUGAGUGCGUCGUACAGAAAGGCAGUCAAAAGAGAGUGUACUCGUGUAACACGCCCUCAGGCAUAAAACCCAAUUGCUUUCCACUGCAGACUCCACAAAAGUCUAGCCUCGAGGCGAUUGAUGGCAAAGGUACUCUAUCGCGAGGUGCACCGCGCUGCGCCACGAUGUGAGUGGUGUGGACAGAUACUCAUGACUCUCGGGCGCUUGGAAAAAGCUCCGAGAUUGGUGACUUUAGCCAGCCAGUCCCGCUGCAUUGUAAAAUUUCUCGACCACUUGAUCACGGUUGACAAGACUGCACAACGCUUGGACUUGCUCGUACUUUCUUGUCUUCGUCGCGGACAGACCGG